AUGCUUAGAACAUCUGAUAUAAUGUACUAUAAUAAUCAACCGAACAAUAUUUAUACUCAGCCGAACAAUAUUUAUACUCAGCCGAACAAUAUUUAUACUCAGCCGAACAAUGCUUAUACUCAGCCGAACAAUGCUUAUUAUGUAUCAUCAGGACAAUUUGAUCAACUACAGGGACAAGUUAAUGAUGUUACACAAAUAAUGAGAAAUAAUAUACAAUUAGGAAUACAACGUGGUGCAAAUCUUGAUGAUCUUCAAAUAAAAGCAGAGGAUCUGAAUAACUACUCUCAACAAUUUGCUUUUACUGCACAUGAAGUUCAUAAAAAAUAUUGGUGGCAAAAUGUUUAUAUGUGGAUUCUUUUGAUUGUUGUUAUCAUUAUAAUCCUUAUUCUCGUAAUUGCCCUUCCUAUUCUUGCGUCACAGCAUAAAAUUUAA